AUGCAACGGCCGAGCGCAGACAGGUGGCAGACGACUCUGCAUGAGCUCCUCGAGUCCUGCGCGGAUGGCAGCUUUCAUCCGCAGAUCGGCUUCAACCGAGCCAUGGCUUGCUGGUCUCAAGGACGGGCCUGGAAGCCUGUCCUCAUCCUCCUGGACGACAUGGCAGCCCGACGCGCCCAGCGAGACGUCUUCAGCACCACCUACGCAAUCACUGCCGCGAGCCACCGACAUUGGCGCGGCGCAGUCGCGAUGCUUCGCAGCUGUGAGGAGGCCACUGCUGCGAGUUGGAGCGCGGUCAUGCGCGCAGGCGAGGCAGCAGAGGAAGGCUGGCGCAGAAGCCUGGGCUUGCUGGCAGCGAUGCCGUUGCUCAACGGUGGCCUCCGGCAGGAUGUGGUGUGCUAUUCGGCGGUGAUGAGCGCUUGUGGCCAUCACUGCACGCCGGCUUGGAAGGCAGGCUUGGAUUGUCGGAGUCGCAUGGCCUCUGCGCGCAUUCGGCAGAACGUUGUCAUUUUGGGCACCGUCGCCGCCAUCUGUGCCGCACUGCCCGCUUGGCAUGCAGCUUUGGAGGUGCUCAGGGAGAUGGCAGCAGAUCAGGGGCAGCCCAGCGAGAUCCUCUGUGACACGUGCAUUCUUGCGUGUGACACCAGCGGGCGCUGGAGCAAGGCGCUGGAAACAUUCAUCGACUCAGAAGCUGCUGGCAUAGACAGGUCGCCUGUUGCCUUCCUUUUCAUUCUCGCAAGGACCCCGAGGUCAUCCACUGCAGUUGCCGCGAGGUUGCAAAGCAGCCUUUGA